AUGACGCAACAACCGCCAAAAUCAAAAACAUCCGCAACUUUUGGAGUGAAUAUCUCAAUCCGAGGAGCUACUCUGUUUAACACAAAAUAGAGGAAAAACAGCGGCAAAACAUGGAGGGAGUGUCUACACAAGGUGUUUUGAGUCAUCUUAGCUUGCUGGAAGUUCAAGCAAGAAGCCGUAAAUGCCAACCUCAGCAGCCGAGCCGGGUGAAGGAGCUGAAGGCUAAAGCUGAAGCCUUGAGGGUCCAGAAGGAGCAGCUGAAGGCGGAGAUAGAGACACACAAGAAUCUUCACAAACUGAGGGCAUCUAUGGAUAACCAGUGUACAAAUGAAGAAGAAGAAAAAGAGGAGGAGGAAAUGGAGGUAGACUCUGAGAACUCACAGCUGCUGCGACUGAUGGCCAGACACACACAACUGAAAGACCUCCUGCAGGCUCAUCACAUCAUUGGUGGGUACAACGUUGUAAAGACCCGUCAAGGUAAAGGACUGUGUGUGUCUCUAGCAACAGCCUACGAGGGCGUCUACUUAGAAACCUACAACCUGGAGCUGGACCUGAAGCCCAGGCUGAGGAUCAGUCGUCAUAACCUUCCCCCGUUCAUUCCUUUAAGCAGCCUGGCUGAACAGAGCAGCAUGCAGACAGACAUGAGGACUCUUCUGGACCCCCUCAGCAGACAUCUCAACGCUUUCGCUGGUCGCAAGCAGCAGCUGAAGCUUGUUAAGGACCUCCAUAAAUCUGUGGAAGUGAUGGAGAGUAAUGUUUUGUGUUCGUUACUGGUGCUGAUGUUCACGGUGCCGAAAGAGAAGACGGCUGUCCUCUGCUCGCUGGAAUACACAGACCACACCAGAUGUCUUCCCACACAAGUCAGCUUUGAUUGUAAUGACAAGAAGCUUCCCGAUUCUCCAGAGUGGAAGAAAAGCCACAGCCUUCUCAUGGAGACUCCUGUGCACAAAGCUUUGACAAACAUGAGGAAGAUGGGGAAUAUUGUGUAA